UAAAUGACUUACCUCAGCAGCUGCAACCAGGAAGCAAAUGCAGGAAACAAGCAUCAGAAAAAGAAGCUGAGAACAAAUAUAUGGAAGAAUUUGUAAACGUAUACAGAGGCAAGAAUAAUUUGCUUAAGUGAGCUCUGACUGAAGCCAUGGUUGGUGAGAACAGAGAUUUGGCGGGUGAUUUCCAAGCCCAGUUCAACGAUGUUUUGACCAGGCUGCAGUCUAAGCAGCUGUUCCAGUCAGAUUGGGACAUCGCAGCCUUCGCCAUCUUCUUCAUCUUCAUAGGGAUGGUGGUGCUGCUUUUCAUCCUGGUUCUUAUAAGGUGCUUCUGCUGCUGUUGCUGUGAUUCGGCUCCUCACCACAAAAAGCUGCAGAAUCCAAAAGUUGGUGUGGACAACCUCGCCAUGGAACCAUAGACCAGUAAAGCCCUACCAAGUGAUCAUGUGGACCAUCUUUUUACAUAAUUGGACAUGUCUGUUUGAUGAAGGUUUACACUACUGUAUACAAUAAGAUAUUAGCUAGAGAAAAAACUCCUUGUCAAAGUCAAAUUAUCUAGUCUGUUUUCUUGUAGUCCUACUUUCAAAAGAUGUAAACUGCAAAUGCCAAUUCUGUCAUGUUAACAUAGUUAAGAGAGAUGAUUAUUUUAAAUGUUUUUUUUGUUUUUACUUGACAUUUUAAAUUUUGUGUUUAACCACUUUUUCUGUACAGUGAAAAGAACUUCUUCACACAACUCACCCAACAGGAAAAACUUAUCUUCCCUCUGCUAGCAGUUUGAUAUGUUAUCCACACAGGUGAUAGAUACUGCUAAUGUAAACUAUAUUUUUUUAUGCCUGCUUCUGGGAGAC